AUUAACAUCCGGGUGAACUCGAAAAUCCAACAUGGCUUCCUCCGACGGAGGCAAGGAAGUAAAAACUGCUUUUGUGACGAGAGAGGGAAAAUAUAAGUUGCUACCUUUGUCGGAAUAUUCAAAGCCGACAAGGAAUCAAAUAAACCCGCCUCAAUAUUCACCAGUCAGAUUGUCUUUCAUCGAAACAAACGUUGAUAAAAGUUCAGAACUGAUAUUCGCCUUUAAUUCCGGACGUGAACUAUUUGUAUAUCCAUAUCGAGGAGUCCGAAAAGCUGCAGACUUAUCAAAACCAAUCGACAAACGGUCUUAUCAGGGAACUAUGCCUACAAGUCAUGACUUUAAUAAAGGACUGGCUUCUGCUGAUAGUUUACCACUUUUGAUUGGUUUUUCGGGUGGCCAAAUACAGUUAAUAGAUCCACUUCGAAAAGAAGUUUUCAACUGUAAACUAUUUAAUAAAGAACGACAAGUCGAUAAGUCUCGUGUUACUUGCGUUCGAUGGUUACCCGGUGUUCAAAACCAGUUCGUCGUUUCCCAUAGUAGUGGACAGUUAUACGUUUAUAACACGGACCUGCAAACAACAUGUACUCAACCCCCUCAUUAUCAAUCUUUCAAGCAUACAGACUCUGUGUCAGUGUUCACCUGCAAAACGAAAUCAACUAGAAAUCCCCUCUAUCGUUGGGUCGUCGGCGCUGGCGCCAUUACACACCUCUCAUUUUCACCAGACGGCGAACAUUUAGCUAUUACUUCUGCAGACGGAUAUCUCCGAAUAGUCCACUGGCUCAGGCAGGAAUUAACAACUAGUUUUCGUAGUUAUUUUGGCGCCUUCUUACACUGCGCUUGGUCACCUGAUGGCUACUACGUUGCGGCUGGGGGAGAAGACGACCUUGUAACUGUAUUUUCUAUGCAACAGCGCAGAAUUGUUUGCAGGGGUCGUGGUCAUAAGUCAUGGAUUAAUUGUGUGGCUUUUGACAGUUCGUUGUGCAAACCUCUCGAGUAUCGACUGGCUAGUGUCGGUGAUGAUACUCAAUUAUGUCUUUGGGACAUUAAUGAAGAUGUCCUACGGCAACCACCGCCGGCCUCUAGACCAACGUCUCUGCCAACUCCCAAUUCAGGCGUUCAAUCGACAGUAUCUCUUGCACCUCCUUCUUCAGCUAAAACUUCUAAGUCACCUCUAACUAAUAAAUUUGUCAAUCUUACUCUAGGAGGGGACAAAAAAGACGAAAAGAAGGAACACAAACGUAACAUAUCUUUCACUUCCAAAUCAGGCUCAACUAACCAUGUAAAACCGUUGGAUGACAAAGUUCUUGGAACACCAGUAUGCCCAAGACUAGAGGAAGUUCCACUGCUGGAACCAUUAAUUUGCAAAAAGAUUUCUAACGAACGCUUAACAUCUGUUCAUUUCUUGGAGGAAUGUUUUGUUACAGCAUGUUAUGAAGGAAACUGCUAUACAUGGUCUAGACCAACAUCUCCAUCUUCAGUUAAGGAUGUUACGUGA